AUGGUUAACCAAAGCUCCCCCAUGGGCUUCCUCCUUCUGGGCUUCUCUGAACACCCAGCACUGGAAAGGACUCUCUUCAUGGUUGUCUCCACUUCCUACCUCCUAACCCUGGUGGGCAACACACUCAUCAUCCUGCUAUCUGUGCUGGACCCCAGGCUCCACUCCCCAAUGUACUUUUUCCUCUCCAACCUCUCCUUCUUGGACCUCUGCUUCACCACGAGUUGUGUCCCCCAGAUGCUGAUUAACCUCUGGGGCCCAAAGAAGACCAUCAGCUUCCUGGGCUGCUCUGUUCAGCUCUUCAUCUUCCUGUCCCUGGGGACCACUGAGUGCAUCCUCUUGACAGUGAUGGCUUUUGAUCGCUACGUGGCUGUCUGCCAGCCUCUCCACUAUGCCACCAUCAUCCACCCCCGCCUGUGCUGGCAGCUGGCAUCUGUGGCCUGGGUCAUUGGGCUGGUGGAAUCAGUGGUCCAGAUACCAUCCACCCUGCGCCUGCCCUUCUGCCCCCAUCGGCAGGUGGAUGAUUUUGUCUGUGAGGUCCCAGCUCUAAUUCGACUAUCCUGUGGGGACACCUCCUACAAUGAGAUCCUGGCUGUUGCCAGUGCCUUCAUCUUGGUUGUGCCUCUCAGCCUCAUCUUUGUCUCUUAUGGAGCCAUUACCCGGGCAGUGUUGAGGAUUAACUCUGCAAAAGGGCGGAGGAAAGCUUUUGGGACCUGCUCCUCUCAUCUCACUGUGGUCACCCUCUUCUACAGCUCAGUCAUUGCUGUUUACCUCCAGCCCAAAAAUCCCUAUGCCCAAGAGAGGGGGAAGUUCUUUAGUCUCUUCUAUGCAGUGGGCACUCCUUUACUUAACCCUCUCGUCUACACCCUGAGGAACAAGGAGGUAACCAGGGCAUUCAGGAGAUUGCUGGGGAAGGAAAUGGGGCCCACACAAAUCUAA